AAAAAUUGCACUAACACAACAGUUUGCAAAGGACUGGUCGAAGUAUAUGUUAUACCACCAUGGUUAUACAUUAUGUACUUAGUUCUUCGUCGUAAUUUAUAUCUACAAGACUCAUUUCGUUGAUGGAUCUUCAAGUUUUUGGACAUCUGAAAAUAAGAACUGACAAGACGUUUGUUGGUAAGGAAAUCCUACACCUGAGGUUUCCCAUCAUGCCUUUCUGCGACUUUGUGGAUGGAGACCUCCUGGUCGUCAAGGCAAUCUUCUUCUUCUUUUUCUCCGGAGCGGCGUGCAUCUACCCGUACGUGUCUGUCUACAUGCAACAGGUCGGGCUGCUGCCAUCACAGAUUGGCCUCAUCAAGUCUGCCGGAAACUUCAUGUCCAUUAUCAUCAAGCCGGUCCUCGGCAGCAUUGCAGACAAGACUGGAAGAUCAAAACUGGUGGCUGUCUUGACUGUGAUGACUGCUUCCGCCCUGCUCUUCUCGAUGCUGUUCAUCCCCCCGGUACCAUCGAAGACAACGUCACGUGCGACUCGAGAGCAGAGCCAUCUAGCGGAUCAGGACAAAAGUGACAGAAACACGAAGGACACACAGUCCUGGUUCUCCCUGACCUUCUGGCUAUUCUUCUGGAUUUUCUUCCUCUCCCACGGUGUAUAUUGGAGCUCAGUUUCUCAGGUGGAGGCAGCCUCGUAUCAAACCAUCAAGAGAAAAGGAAGAGGACAGUUUGGACGACAGCGUCUUUUUGGAUCUGUGGGAUUCUCCAUUUUUGCUUUCGUGUCGGGCUUUGCUAUGGACACAUUCACCGAUUGGACUAAAGCAGAAAACCAAGGGAAGAGGACGAGUGUAGAAACCGCUGGGAACAAGACUAAGACUGACUAUUCUGUAGCCUUCUACAUGUUCUUGACCUUCAUGAUUUUAACCGUGUGUUGCCUGUUAAAGCUAAAAGACUGGAGCGCAGAACCGUCAACAGGGUUCCUGAAAGACGUGGGCAAACUGCUUUCGCAACUGCAUCUCCUUAUAUUCUUGAUUGCUGUUCUCCUGUUGGGAGCAUUGGAUGCCGCUAGCGAAACAUUUCUUUUAUUGCAUUUGAAAGAUCUGGGUGCCAGUCAGACUGUCCUUGGUGUUUUCCUGUUCGUACGGACUGCAGCAGAGAUUCCUGUUUAUGUCAUCUCCACUUGGAUCAUAACGAAGCUAGGAUACACAGCAGUGUUAGGAUGUGGUUUCGCAGCUAUAGGUCUGAGGUUCCUACUGUACUCAUUUAUAAGUAAUCCGUGGUGGGCAGUAGCCAUAGAUACUCUCAACGGAUACCAUGCGCUCAUGUGGGCAGCAAUGACGUCAUACGUGAGCAUCUCUGCACAGGAUGGUCUACAGACGGUCGCUCAAGGGAUUGUAGCCACCACCUUCUAUGGACUUGGCCACACGUUAGGUAACCUGGUCGGUGGUGUAGUAUAUAACCGGUACGGCGCCGUGGCGUUCUUCCGAUCCUUCAGUGUUUCCUGCCUGAUCGGAUUCCUUCUGUUUUACCUGCUGUACAGGUGUUUUGGGAAAAAAAAGAACCCCACAGGAAGAAGAUCAGACACCGAGGAUGAAAACGAAACGCAAACUUCCUUAAUGUCAACUGACGGUGACGUGGCCGAGUCACAGGCUCUAAAACAGGGUACGUUUCUCCGCGGUGGAAGUGUGACCAGCUUAGCGGGUGAAAACAUCGGUUUCCUCCGCCUAGUAAAGCCACAGGACCGAGACAUUUCCGGUCUAAAGUAAUGAACGCAUCGGUUUUCUCCGCCUCGUGAAGCCACAGGUCCGAGACAUUUUUGGACUGAAGCAAUGAACACAUCGGUUUUCUCCGCCUCGUGAAGCCACAGGACCGAGACAUUUCUGGUCUGAAGCAAUGAACACAUCGGUCUCCUCCGUCUCGUGAAGCCACAGCACCAAGACAUUUAUAAAGUUACAGGACCGAAACACCUUGAAU